GUCAAGCGUGGGUGGGGGUGCUGACUAUAUUGCAGUGAGCGGGGUUCAUUUCGGCCCUUCUUUGCUCGGAGUUUCUCGGUUAUUAGCUGCAAGUAAUUUGGGCAAAUCAUGGCUGGAUACUUGAAGGUCCUCCGCUCUCUCUCUAGGUCGGCGACCACUCUCUCCAAAAACCCCGCUGUGCUCGCGCCAGCUGCAACCUCCCAGAGUUUGCAACAGAGGAAUUAUGGGGACAAACGUAUCAAGGUGUCCCAGCCUGUGGUGGAGAUGGACGGAGAUGAGAUGACCAGGAUUAUCUGGGAGUUCAUCAAAGAGAAGCUUAUCCUCUCCAAUGUGGCUGUGGAGCUGAAGUACUACGACCUGGGUCUGCCAUACCGUGACCAGACUGAUGACCAGGUCACCAUCGACUCUGCCAUCGCCACCCAGAAGUACCAUGUCGCUGUUAAAUGUGCCACCAUCACUCCCGAUGAACAAAGAGUAGAAGAGUUCAAACUGAAGAAGAUGUGGAAGAGCCCCAACGGAACCAUCAGGAACAUCCUGGGGGGCACAGUCUUCCGUGAGCCAAUCAUCUGCAAGAACAUUCCCAGGCUAGUUCCAGGUUGGACCCAGCCCAUCACCAUUGGCAGACAUGCCUUUGGUGACCAGUACAGAGCUACAGACUUUGUUAUCAGCCAGCCAGGCACGUUCAAGAUGGUCUUCUCUCCUACUGAUGGGAGCAAAGGCCAGGAGUGGGAGGUCUACAAGUUUCCUGGAGGUGGCUGUGGAAUGGGCAUGUACAACACAGAUGAGUCUAUUUCAGGCUUUGCGCACAGCUGCUUUCAGUACGCCAUUGGCAAGAAGUGGCCCCUCUACCUGAGUACCAAGAACACCAUUCUCAAAGCCUAUGACGGUAGAUUCAAGGACAUCUUUGAGGAAAUCUACCAGGCGAAUUACAAGCCAGAGUUUGACAAGCUGAAGAUCUGGUACGAGCACAGGCUCAUUGAUGACAUGGUUGCCCAAGUGCUGAAGUCCGAUGGUGCCUUCGUGUGGGCCUGCAAGAACUACGAUGGAGAUGUACAGUCUGACAUCUUGGCUCAGGGUUUCGGCUCUCUGGGUCUGAUGACGUCAGUGCUGGUGUGUCCCGAUGGCAAGACCAUUGAGGCAGAGGCAGCCCACGGCACAGUGACCAGGCACUACCGCGAGCACCAGAAGGGAAACCCAACAAGCACCAACCCCAUUGCCAGCAUCUUUGCUUGGACCAGAGGGCUUGAGCACCGGGGUAAACUUGAUGGCAACCCUGACCUGAUCAAGUUCGCUCUGACUCUGGAGCGGGUGUGUGUGGAGACCGUUGAGAGUGGUGUUAUGACUAAGGACCUUGCCGGCUGCAUUCAUGGCCUUUCCAAAUGCAAGCUGAAUGAGCACUACGUCAACACUGAGGACUUCCUGGACGCCAUCAAGAAUAACCUGGACAAAGCCCUGGGCAAGUGAAGGACUGAAGAGUGCAGCUAGCCUGAAAGUGACAUUGUCCUGUUUUUGUACCUCAUUUUUAACUUAGGUCAGAUAGCCACAUGCAUAUUGUCUGAUGAAGUAAUAUGUAGUGUGUGAAAUUAGGUGAUUGUACUGUUGAUUUGUUCCAUCUAGCACUCCUGUCCCUAUUUCCAGGGUUCUAUUUUUGUAAUGAAGUACUGUAUUCCGAUACUGUAUUAUGCCUUUAAAGAAACAUGAAGGCCAUGUCAAGAAUAUUUGCUAAUACAUCUUGUUUGAUCCUAUGCUUGUGUUCUGCCUCAUUUUAAUAUUCUAUGAUAAAAGAAGCACACUGAUUUUAAAGGUAAAUAAAUUUAUUAUUUUACAGUA